UGAGCAGUAGUAGUAUGAUGAAAAGGGGAGCUAUGGCUGGCAUUUCACAAAAGCAUUAUAGCAGUAAUACUAACAAUAUUCGAUCUAUAAGCUUGCCAACAAGAUCACAUCCAAGCACAGCAAGGGUUGAAGAGGAGCUGAACAAGCUCAAAUCAUGGGAGCCAUCAUCAUCAUCAUCAAAGGUGGUGGAAACAAUUUGCUGUGGCCUUCAUGACCUUAAAGAGUUGUACAAGUGUGUGGUUGAAGAUCUUCUGAAUCUUCCACUCACUCAACAAGCACUUUCCCAACACCACAAUGAGAAAUGGGUUGAUGAGCUUCUUGAUUUCCCUCUAAGAUUCUUGGAGAUCUUGGGGGAGACAAGAGAUUCCAUCAUGUUGCUCAAAGGGAAUGUUGGUGAAGUUCAAUCAGCACUCAGAAGGAGAAAAAUGGUUGGUGAUUUUGGUAUUGAAAACCAUCUCAAUUCAUAUUGGACUUUGAGAAGAAACAUGAGGAAGGAAUGCACAAAAUCUCUUCUUUUAUUGAAGCAUUAUGUGGAUCAUCACUCUUUUGGAUCAUAUUCUCCACCCUUGGAUCUUAAUCAGCACCUAUCUGCAGUUGUAAGGGUUCUGAGAGAGUCUAGUUUGAUCACAAGUUCAAUCUUUCAGUCACUUCUUGUGUUUCUUUCUUCACCAAUCUUCAAGUUUAAGGCUAGAAAGUGGGAUUUUGUGUCAAGAUUAAUGAAGAAAGGAGUGCUUGUAUGCAACAAUAUUCAACAGGACAAUGUGAAUGAAAUAGAAAAGGUGGAUUUAGCACUCUGCAGAAUGGUUAUGGAUAAUAAUAAUAAUCAAAGCAAGGAUUUUGAGACUCAGAAGAUUAUUCAAUCUGCACAAAGAGAGAUAGAAGCUCUGAUUUUAGUCAUUGAAGGGCUUGAGAAUGGAUUAGAGGGCUUGUUUAAGCACCUUAUUAAUACUCGAGUAUCUUUUCUUAAUAUAAUUUCUCCCUGAAACUAUAUUUAAUAUCAUGAACAUUCUAAGCAUGUGUAGUUUAGAACUUAAG